AUGGCCGGCUAUUUCUACGAACAACUGUCCAACAGGCGUUUCUCUGGCCAGCUUUCCACGAUCACUGGGCGUCGGCGGGUCGUUUUCAUCCUGCUUGGCUCGCUCACCCUGUUCUUUAUCUUUGCGUCGCUCCACCCGACGAGCAGAGAUUACAUUUCGAAGAGCUAUUACGAUUUGACGACGUCUGGUGCUUCUGCGGCGCUCAAAACCUCGCCGCCCACCUACGAAAGACUCCGGGAAUACGAAAAAAGUCUACCACAGCACAACCUCGACCUGCCAUUUCCUGAGGGGCGCACCGGAAGAUAUGUCAAAUUUACGAACCAGAUCAAGAUGUUGGGUUGGAAUAAUGUCCAAAAUGAAGUAUUGAUGAACGCGCACUUGGCUUACGAGUCCAAGCGUGCGUAUGUCUUCCAGGACUACGUAUGGAAGGCCGAUUACUAUCCCUGGCCCGAAUCUCAGUUCCGUGAAAACCCACCCCGAACACCCUUGGCGGCUUUAAUUGCCGGUCCAGUCGCCGGCGGUCCUUGGCCAGAGGGCGACAAUGCUCCGCGAUCAAUUUCGGAACCUUGGUUCGAUGUGGUCUGUCCACAAGCCGAGCGGCGUAUCAUCAAUACACGAGAUGUGAAAGGGCCGGUCAGAGACGCCAUGGGUUCUGCCGUAUUCCAGCACUGGAAGGACCUUCUGCUCAAUGCACCGGAACGUUGCAUAGAAAUCGUCCCAGCCGACCGCUCUGAAGACGGCUUCCCACAGACAUUUGACCUAUGGUUGUGGGGCUCUUACCGAGUUCUUGACUUGUGGGAAAGCUUUUCGAAGUCGCCGGUCUCCACAUUGCUCGGGUCGUCACCGAUCGUCAAUUCGGCAGUAGACAGGAAUGAGUACCUGUUCCUUCCUCGCGGACCUCGACCGGCCCAUCCCAUAUCCCCCAACCCAUACGAUCGCAUGCUCGCUAUGCAUGUACGGCGCGGCGAUUUCAAGGAAGCUUGCAUUGGCUUGGCUACGUGGAACUCCACGUUUUAUAGCUGGAACUUGUUCUCUUGGCUGCCCGAUCGCUUCACUCCCCCACCGGGUGGCGAAUGGGGUUCCAAUACGCCGGAGAACACGGAGAAAUAUAUGGAGCACUGUCUUCCCCCUGCGGACGCCAUUGUCGCAAAGGCUCGCCAGGCGCGCGCUGAUUACCAAAAGGCAUCACCGCCAGGCAGAACUCGCGCCUUGGAUGUGAUGUACAUCUUGUCGAAUGACGCCAGCGAGUGGAUGGACGCGUUGAAGCAGGCGCUAAGAAACGAUGGGUGGCACACAAUUGCCACUAGCAAGGACCUCACGCUCGACGAGGAGCAGACUGAUGUGAAUAUGGCUGUGGACAUGGAUAUUGCUCGCCGAGCUGCGGUGUUCAUUGGCAAUGGGUGGUCUUCCUUUACUAGCAACAUCGUCCACCGUCGACUAGCAGACGGUAGGGAAGCAAUCAGUAAUCGCUUCUGGUGA